GCGGUGCAGGAGUUCCACAGCUCUAUGUGCUCCAGGAUCACCGCCAACAAGCAGCGAGGCUCCUGCGCUCACAAGGGAAUAAACCUGUGCGUCCUGCUGCUGCGCACUGAGGGAACUCACGCACCCAGCGACCGGAUACCCACUGGGAGGUAGGUUGUGUCUAGGCCUUUGAGGAGCGGGCGUUCACCCAGAAUCCCCCGUCUGUUCUGCAGCCCGACGGUCCAACCCACACAGCCCAAGUUGUCAGAAUGACCACCGACACCACCUCCUGGCUUCCUGUGCUCUCCAUCUUGCUGAUGUGUGCAUGGGACUCGGCGUCCCUCCACCUGCCUGACUCCAAGGAGCUCAGGCAGCUUCUGAGCCGCUACGAGGAGGAUGCAGACUGGAAUGGAACCAGCAACUCGGCCGGCGGUAGGACCCGACGAGCCGUCCGCUGGUCAGACCGCGAGGAGAUCAUUCAGCUGCACAACAAGCUGAGGGCGGGCGUCUACCCCACGGCCUCAAACAUGGAGUACAUGGUCUGGGACGAUGAGUUGGAGCGGUCUGCAACUCACUGGGCGGAGGAGUGUCACUGGGACCACGGCCCUCAGGACCUGCUCAUGUCUAUCGGACAAAACCUGGGUGUUCACUGGGGCAGACACCGCUCUCCUGCCUACCACGUCCAGGCCUGGUACGAUGAGGUGAAAGACUACACUUAUCCCUACCCCCACGAGUGCAAUCCCUGGUGUCCAGAAGGCUGCUCCGGGCCCAUGUGCACCCAUUACACUCAGCUGGUCUGGGCAACCACCAGCCGAGUGGGCUGUGCCGUGCACACGUGUCCAAGGAUGAACGUGUGGGGGGAAGUAUGGGAGAACGCCAUCUACCUUGUGUGCAACUAUUCCCCAAAGGGUAACUGGAUUGGAGAGGCCCCAUACCAGCAUGGCCGCCCCUGCUCCCAGUGCCCUCCCAGCUACGGAGGAGGAUGCAGGAAUAACCUGUGUUACAAAGACACUCAGCGCUCAGAGACAGAGGACAUGAACGAGGUGGAGAAGCCUCAGGUUCCCCUGCCGCCUCGCACCACCACCACCAAACCUGCCCCCAGACCCAAACCCUCCACUCCCAAGAAACCAGCGACCAAACCCUCCACUCCAAAACCCAUCACACCAAAGGCACCAUCUUCUAAGACCCCCAACCCUAACCUAGCUCAAAGCAUUAAGUGUGAGACCAGACUGCGAGAUAAGUGCAGAGGAGCAACCUGCAACAGAUACAAUUGUCCGGCCAACUGCAUGAAUAAGAAAGGGAAAGUCUGGGGAACUCUCUUCUACGAUGUGCAAUCAAGUAUUUGCAGAGCUGCUAUUCAUUUCGGCGUGAUCGACAACAACGGAGGACUGGUCGACGUCACGAGAAUGGACAAGCUACCGUUUUUUGUGAGAGCCACAAAGAACGGCAUCGAGUCCCUCAGUAAAUAUAAACCCAGUAACGCCUUUGUGGUAGCCAAGGUGGAGGAAAUGACUGUAGACUGCUACACCACGGUGGCUGAAAUCUGUCCCUUCAAAAAGCCCUACUCCCACUGCCCGAGAGUUUUCUGCCCGACCAACUGCAAGAGUCAGCCAUCUUACUGGUCACCUGUUAUUGGAAACAACAUCUACACAGAUAGCUCCAGUAUUUGCAAAGCAGCCAUCCACGCAGGGGCGACUGGAGCAGACGGAGGUUUAGUGGAUGUUUUGCCACUGGACAAGAGAAAGAGCUACGUCGGAAUCCUGAAAAAUGGCAUCCAGUCCGAAAGCAAGAGCAACACAGAGGGCGGCUCGUGCCGACUCUUUGCGGUGAGGGAGUGAGACGUGAGCCCAGACGUCCAAACACCAACAGAGUCACCUCAGCUGCUCUCGAGGAGCAGGAAGUGCCCACAGGUUGGAAACCAUGGCUGUUUGUCUUUCUCCUCCAUGUGCCUUCACUGGAAACAGAUCGAUUGACACUUCUCCCUCUCAGUUAUCUAACAGUAGCCCCCCCCAGUAAAAGUAAUGGAUUAUGUAUUGUCAACUUUUAACUAAAUAAGGAUUUUUCUUAGACAUACUAAAUGUGUGAAUACAAAAGUUUUUUUUAUAUAUAAUGAUGCAUUUAACAGCUGGUGCUGAAAGUUUAUAAGUUAGAAAUGUUUUACAGAAAGUAAUAUGUUUACAUUGAUGUUCUUAUACAAAUAUAUGUCGGUUUUCAUACACAGGAAUGUAUACGGAUCACACUGUAUUUAAUCAAUGUGUACAGACUAUAUGAUAUUUUGUUUGUUUUAAAAAUGGAGUACCAUAUAUUACCAUAUUCAUGUUCUAUUGUAUUUCUUUGAAUUGUAUUGCCUUUGUCUUUGCUUUCCUGCUCCUGGGAAUUUAGACUGUUAACCAAAUCUCAGUCUAAAUGGUGUGUGUUAAAAGA